AUGACGAUAUAUUCUUUCUGGAUCUUCGACAGACAUUGUAAUUGUAUUUAUGACCGGGAAUGGACCCUAUUAGCAAACCCCAAAAGUGGGACAACGAAUUCAAAACAAAAUGACGAUGUAUCAAAGUUAUUGUAUGGUAUAAUAUUCUCUCUCAGAUCUGUAACUGGUAAAUUAUCGACUGAUGAUACUGGGCGGACCAACGAAAUAAGUUCAAUAUCCACCGGAAAGUUUAGAAUUCAUACAUAUUGUACAGCUACAGGACUCUGGUUUGUGUUACUAACCGAUUUCAAACCAUUUAACUAUAAUAAGGUACUUCAGCAUAUUUACAGUGAUAUAUUUGUCAAAUAUAUUACGAAUAACUACUUAUCCCCCUAUGAUUUCUCUGAAAAUGAAAAUGAAAAAAGAGGUCAAGGUACAAGGAAGAUAACGAACAGACACUUUAUGAAUAACUUAGAAUCAUUUUUAGAACCAAUGAUUAGCAGCUGA